CUUGGCUGGGAAAGUGUAUCGGUUUUGUCCUGUGCCAGAGGAGUGGAAAGCGGUAUAGCAUUACAAUGGAAUUGAUACGCACUUAAUUGAUCAAAUCCAUUGACGAAUUGACAGAGGCUGUUUGUGGUUCCAAGGAUAUUCCAUUGUGACGUCCUCUUUCGCCUGGGUCGCUUUAUUGAAAAAAAUAACACAAGAGAAGAGUGUAUUUAUGUGCCCUGAGGCUUUUAACGGCAUCAUUAUGAAAUUCUUCUACUCAUUCUUCAUCCUCCCUUCCUUUUUUAUCACAACGACACUCCUCAACGUAAUCGCUGCCUCCGAGACUUUGGAUCCAAAAUGUGGAAAACCCCGAGAAAGUCUGGAUUUCUGCAUGAAGGAUAUUAAUUCCCUGGAGCGCCAGAUUCCGCAGUCUCUCCAAGAGAUCCAUCAAGUUUGCUCGGCUUUCGUGACCGGAAUGAAGUGCACGGACGAUUAUCUGACGCGGUGCAUUGACCAGCGCGAGCGGAAGAUCAUAGAGAGCGAAAUCCACGGCGCCAGGCACCUGUACGAUCAUCUCUGCCGCAAUCGCGGCUUCCAGAAGGACUUCCUCAAGCACCUGGAUUGCAUCAUCAGCAUCCGGCCGCGCUGGGACGCGUGCUCGGAGAAGUUCGUGCGCGAAAUCAAGGAGGACAUCAGCAAGCACUUCUCCGAGGAAGCCGCCCAAAAGCGCUACGUCGACUUCUGCUGCAACAGACGUGAUUACGAGUCCUGCGUGUACAACGAAGCCAAGGAGAAGUGUUCGACGGAAUCAGCAAAUUUCAUUCGUGAAAUUGUGAAAAUACUGUCAACGGAGAAGAAAUUUUCCGAUUGUGAGAAAUUUGAGAAGCACUGCAAAAAUGAACAAAUUUGCGUGACAAAUUGGCCACUCUUAAUUGUGAUAUGUAGUUUCAUUCUGAUUGCUAGAAAUUCACUACUCAAUGUUAAUUUGUGCAAAUAAAUUGGGCAUUUGCUGGUGCGUUUCCGAGGCGUGAGAUAGGAAUAAAAAUAUCAUGUGCAGUUAAAGUGAUGGGAAAACGUGAAUUAUUAUUAAAUAUUUAAUUUAUGUAAAUUGCACGAGUUGAAUAAAUUUCCCCCA